AUGACCGUGUUGACGGAAAGCGGCAAAGGCAUCUUCAUCGCCUACCCCAUCAUGGCCUUCGUGGCCACGGUGGCGGUGGUGUUGCGGUUUGUCAGCAAGUCUCGCACGCAAAAUAAGUUCGCGGCCGACGACUUCCUAACCCUAGCCGGCCUGUCUCUAUUCUACGCAUACACGGCGGUCUUCAUGUAUGGUCUCUAUGACUCUGGCGGCACACUCGACAUCACCCAGAUGACGGGUCUGGAUCAGGUCAACGCGGUGCUCCGCUGGAUCUGGGUAUCCGAGAUCCUGAUGACCAUCAUCUUGACCUUUGUCAAAACUUCGGUCGUCUGCUGGUACUGGAACAUCUUUGCCGUCAACAACAGCGACAUCAAGAUCCCCAUGAUCAUCAUCGGCGCCCUUUCGGUUGCGUGGGGCCUGGCGGCGCUUUUACUAGUCAUCUUCCAGUGCAUCCCGGUCAGCGCGGCAUGGGAUCUCCUCGCGGCCAACUCGCCGGGCAGCCGGUGCAUUGCGUUCGGAAACCUGAUCCUGGGCUACGAGAUCACCAACAUGCUGCUAGACGUGGCCAUCCUGAUCCUACCUCUGCGCGCUGUCUUCCGGCUUAAACUCAAUCUCUCCAAGAAGAUUACCGUGGCGAGCAUCUUUGUGCUCGGUGCUUUCGUGUGCAUUACCUGCAUUAUCCGCAUCGUCUACAUGUACAACCCGGCUUCGCCGCAACUAGUCGACUUGUACAAGGGAAUGCUCUGGUCCAGCAUCGAGAUGGGGGUGGCCAUUUUCUGCAGCUGUCUGCCGACGCUGGGCCGCCUGCUCCCCAACAACGGGAUCUUGCCGACGCUCAGCCGGUGGUUCAAGUCGCUCCACUCGAGCUACAGCAGCGAGAAGAACUCCAAGCCGUCCUUCGUCCACGACACGUGGCCGAUGAACUCGCAGACCAACCCGGAGACGGACAGCACGCGGCAGCUGAACACGUACACCAGCCACGGGGACCCCAACUUCCUCAAGGCCGGGCAGGGCUACAUCCAGGUCACGCACCAGUUCCAUGUCAAGCGGCCAGACGUCGAGCAUGGUACACCGCAGCACGACAGCAUGUACUAG